GCGAGGCUGGAGGGGAUGAUCUGAGGUGAAGCACUGCAGGAGAAGCAUUGAGCGCGUGAACGCGGACGGAGCGUCAGUCGCGCGCGGAGCCGGGGAAGGACAGCGCGAGCGGAUUUUCUGCGGGGUGCUCGGCUGAUGGUGCUGCAGGUGCAGGAGAAAGGAUGCAGGUUUUCGGGUUGAGAACGAAGUCGUGGAGGACGCUGCUCUUCCUGGCAGCGCUGCAGUUCCUCAGCCCUACCGAGGGCCAAAUUCUGGCUCCACGGAGACUGCGCUUCAGAGUCCUGGGUCCCAGUGAGUUACACGUCUCCUGGAAGGAGCCGAAAGGAGAAAUCGACGGCUAUAGAUUUAUUUACAGUGUUCCAGGUGGGGAGAGGAACGAGCUACGAAUCGGGAAGGGUGAAAACAAGGCGAUAAUAAAUGACUUCAAUCCCACGAAGGAGUACUCAGUCAAGGUUAUAGCUGUGAGUGGAAACCAGCAAAGCAGAGCUCUGCAAGGAAACUAUGCAGUGGAGAGCUGGGAGUUUGAUGGACAGGACACACAGCCGCAGAGACUGAAAGACCCCUCGCCCCCGGAGGAGGACACUGAGACUUCAGAGGCGGCGGAGCAGUUCGUGUGUACAGCCCCGGCGGUGGCAGACAUUGUGGUCCUGGUCGACGGCUCCUGGAGUAUCGGAAGGUUAAACUUCCGUCUGGUGCGCACCUUCCUGGAAAACCUGGUCAAUGCCUUUGAUGUUGGGAUUGAUAAAGUCCGUAUAGGAUUGGCUCAAUACAGUGGAGAUCCCAGGAUUGAGUGGCAUCUGAACACCUUCACCACUAUAGACGCCGUGAUUGAUGCCGUCAAGAACCUGCCAUAUAAAGGAGGAAACACGCUCACAGGUCUGGCCCUUACAUACAUUCUGAAGAACAGCUUCAAACCAGAAUCUGGGUCUCGAAGCAACGUUCCCAAAAUCGGAAUCCUUAUCACUGAUGGAAAAUCCCAGGAUGCGGUUGAUGUUCCUGCACAGAGCCUGAGGGAUGCUGGGGUGGAACUGUUUGCCGUCGGGGUGAAGAACGCUGAUGAAAACGAGUUGAAGGUCAUUGCCUCUGAACCUGAUCACACACACGUCUAUAACGUGGCUGAUUUCAGCAUCAUGAACACAAUCGUGGAAGGUCUGACUCGAACUGUGUGUGAUGGAGUAGAGCAGCAAGACAAAGAGAUCAGAAAUCUGGUUCCUGAGGAGUCAGAGGGUGCUCCUGAGAACCUGCAGACGUCUGAGGUAACAGCCCGAAGUUUCCGUGUGUCCUGGACCGCCGCUCCGGGCAGGGUGGAGAAAUACCGCGUGAUUUAUUAUCCAUCCAAAGGAGGCCGACCAGAGGAGGUGGUGGUGGACGGUUCAGAGACUUCGGCCGUUGUGGAAAAUCUAAGCUCUCUGACUGAGUAUGAGAUCGCUGUGUUUGCUGUUUACUCAGCCUCCGCCAGCGAGGGGCUCCGGGGCAGUGAGACCACCUUGGCCCUGCCAAUGGUCGGUGGUCUGGAGCUGUAUGACGUUACCCAUAGCUCCAUGCGUGCUCGUUGGAGGGCUGCAGAUGGCGCUUCUGGGUACAUGGUGCUGUACGCUCCUCUGAGCAGCGAGUCCAUCGACGAGACGGAGGUUAAAGUGGGCGAGACUGUGACGGACCUGGAGCUGGUGGGUUUGAGUCCUGAUACAGAAUAUACAGUUACAGUGUAUGCCAUGUUCGGAGAGGAGGCCAGCGACCCUGCUACAGCGCAGGACACCACCUUGUCUCUGAAGCCGCCUCGGAAUCUGCGUGUCACCGAGGUUGACCACAGCUCUGUCCGGCUCAAGUGGGAGGCGCCCUCAGACAGGGUCAAAGGCUACCGUGUGAUGUAUGUCAAGACCAGUGGGGUCCAGAGUAAUGAGGUGGAGGUGGGGCCGGUCACUAGCAUUUACCUGAAGGAUCUGGACUCUGUGACAGAAUACACCGCGGCCGUGUUCGCUGUCUACGACCAGGGCCAGUCGGAACCUCUCAACGGAGGCUUCAGCACCAAGCACGUUCCGGCCCCGCUGACCCUCAGGAUCAGUGAAGUGACGGUGGAGAGUUUCCGGGUGAGCUGGGCACAGCCUGCGGACGGAGUGGUGCUCUAUAAACUGGUCUGGAGCCCCUUCGGAGAGGCGGACAGUGAAGAGGUGUUGGUGCCGGGUGACGUGGAGUCAUACGUGGUGAAUAAUCUCUUUCCUCUGACGGAGUACGAAGUUCUGCUGUCUGCGAUCUACAGCGACAAGUCUGAGAGCAACGCUGUGGCUGGACUACAAACCACACUGGGCAGCAUCACCACCACCGCAAUCACCACCACAGCAGUGUCCAGGCUGGGGGUGAAUAACCUGCAGGUGGACAAUGAGACCACUCACAGUCUGCAGGUGAGCUGGAAGUUCCAGGAUUUGGAUGUAAAUGAGUUCAGAGUGACUUACAUCAGCCUGAGAGGAGACAGAGCAGAGGAAACGGUGCUGGUUCCGGGUAACGAGAGAACCGUUCUGCUGCAGCCUCUGCUCUCAGACUCGCUGUACAAAAUCAGUGUCAGUCCUGUUUAUCCAGACGGGGAGGACAGCGCACUGUCCAUGUCCUCUAUGGGUCGCACACUACCGCUGUCGGCCCCCACCAACCUUCGGGUCUCUGAGGAGUGGUUCAACCGCUUCCGCCUGGCCUGGGACACGCCUGCCUCCCCCACCCUGGGCUACAGGAUCAACUACCAGCCCACCUCAGGGUUAGGACGUGCUCUGGAGACGUUUGUUGGUGAAGAUGUGAAUUCUCUGAUGAUCAUGAACCUGCAGCCUGGAACAGAAUACAACGUUAAAGUCAUCGCUUCCUACACUACCGGCUCCAGCCAACCGCUCACCACCACUGCCAACACACUGUUUCUGGGAGUGAGCAGACUGGGCACGUAUAAGAUUCACUCCGACAGCCUGUGUGUCCAGUGGCAGCCCGUUCAGCAGGCCUCACUCUACAGGAUCAUCGUCCAGUCCCCACACAAUGAUCAGAGCCAGGAGCUGAGCGUGAGCGGCGGAGUGUCCAGACAGUGCUUCUACAACCUGACCCCCGACACACAGUACAGCAUCAGUGUACACACUGAGAUACAGGGCACGGUGGGACCUGGGGUCAUCGUCACCGCCACAACACUUCCGGCUCCGACCCAACCCCCAACUGCACCGCCCCCCACUGUCCCGCCAGCGAAAGAAGUCUGUAAGGCAGCGAAAGCAGACCUGGUGUUCCUUGUGGACGGAUCCUGGAGUAUCGGAGAUGACAACUUCCAGAAGAUUAUCCGUUUCCUCUACAGCACCACUGGCGCACUGGACCUCAUCGGCCCUGAAGGAACACAGGUGGCUAUAGUUCAGUUCAGUGAUGACGCUCGUACGGAGUUUAAGCUGAGCUCUUACACUGAUAAAGAGUCGCUCCUGGACGCGGUUCAGCGAAUCACCUACAAAGGAGGAAACACCAAAACAGGCCGAGCCAUUAAACAUGUGAAGGACAGCAUCUUUACUCCGGAGUCCGGGAUGAGGAGAGGAAUUCCCCGAGUUCUGGUGGUGUUGACAGAUGGUCGCUCGCAGGACGACGUCAACAAGAUCUCCAACGCGAUGCAGGUGGACGGGUACAUCAUCUUCGCCAUCGGUUUCGGUGACGCUGAUUACGGUGAGCUGGUGAACAUCGCCAGCAAGCCCAGCGAGAGACACGUGUUCUUCGUGGAUGAUGUGGACGCUGUGAAGAAGAUCGAGGAGCAGCUCAUAACGUUCGUGUGUGAAGCAGCGACAGCCACGUGUCCCUCGGUGCUGAUGAGCGGGAACACCUUGGCAGGUUUCCGGAUGAUGGAGAUGUUUGGUCUGGUGGAGAAACAUUACAGUAAUGUUCAGGGAGUCUCAAUGGAGCCUGGAACCUUCAACAGCUUCCCCUGUUACAGACUGCACAAAGGCGCCCUCCUCUCACAGCCCACCAGGUUUCUGCACCCUGAGGGUCUCCCCUCCGACUACACCAUCUCAGUGCUCUUCCGCAUCCUGCCUGAAACCCCCCAGGAGCCCUUUGCACUGUGGGAAAUUCUUAACAAAGACAACGAACCCCUGGUGGGCAUCAUCCUUGACAAUGGAGGAAAAACUCUGACCUUCUUUAACUACGACUAUAAGGGUCAUUUCCAGACAGUGACCUUCGAGGGACCUGAGAUUGGGAGGAUUUUCUACGGCAGUUUCCACAAGGUCCACGUGGCGAUCAGUAAGACUACAGCCAAGGUGGUGAUAGACUGUAAGACAGUGGGGGAGAAGCCCAUCAGCGCUGCGGGAAACAUAACCACAGAUGGAAUGGAGGUUCUGGGCCGGAUGGUGCGCUCUCGCGGGAAGAGGGACAACUCGGCUCCGUUCCAGCUGCAGAUGUUUGAUAUUGUGUGCAGCACCUCGUGGGCCGCUCGGGAUAAAUGCUGCGAGCUCCCAGGCCUGAGAGUAGAACAGGACUGUCCCGCUCUGCCGCACGCCUGCACCUGCUCUGAGGACAGUAAAGGACCACCGGGACCCUCCGGACCUCCAGGUGGUCCUGGUAUACGAGGCUCCCGAGGUGACCGCGGAGAGCCAGGCUCAGUGGGACCUCAAGGACCUACUGGAGAGACUGGGCCUCCUGGACCGCAGGGACCCCCAGGACCACAGGGGCCAAGUGGGCACUCCAUCCAGGGACCACCGGGAGCUCAAGGAGAGAAAGGAGAGAAGGGUGAAGCAGGUCUUCCAGGUCCUCAGGGUGUACCGGGAGCUGGUGGCGCACCGGGCAGAGAUGGCUCUCCAGGUCAGAGGGGUUUGCCAGGUAAAGAUGGACCGCAGGGGCAGGUCGGCCCACCAGGACCGCUGGGUAGCCCAGGAGCCCCCGGAGCUCCUGGAUCCAGUGGACCCCCGGGACAACAAGGAGAUCACGGACCACCUGGUCCUGUGGGCAGUAAGGGCGAGCGAGGAGAGCGGGGGGAUAUGCAGUCUCAGGCGGUGGUCCGAUCUAUAGCCCGACAAGUGUGUGAACAGCUAAUUCAGAGUCACCUCUCCCGCUUCAACUCCAUCCUGAACCAGAUCCCCAGUCAGUCUGUGUCGUUCCGGACGGUACCGGGUCCCCCUGGAGAACAGGGUCGACCUGGACCGCGGGGGCCGCAGGGAGAGCAGGGUUCUCCGGGUAGACCGGGCUUCCCCGGAGCCAAUGGGCUCAGUGGACGUCCAGGAGACAGAGGGCUCCCAGGCGAGAAAGGAGAGAGGGGAACUCCCGGUGUGGGACAACAAGGCCCCCGUGGCCCCACAGGACCCCCAGGUCCUCCAGGAGAGGGCCGGACCGGAAGCCAAGGCCCUCCAGGCCGGCCUGGAACUCAGGGCACUCCAGGACGCCCUGGAACCCCCGGCAGCACCGGACCCCCUGGACCCCCUGGCUAUUGCGACCAGAACUCCUGUUUAGGCUACAAUAUCGGAGUACAACCGUUACCUCCCAGCCCCUACCAAAACUACGGCCCUGCCGACAGCACCGCCCAGGAGGAGGAGGAGGAGGAGGAGGACCCAUACGCCGGUUACCGUGGAUACCCACCCCAGUACUACCAGCCCAACUAUCAUGACUCUCAGAUGGCCCAGGACGGUCAGGCCUACCCUGGUUACCCCGGUUACCCUGGAUACCCCGGAUAUCCCGGUUACCCUGGUGCUGGGUAUCGCUUUUCCCGCAGCCUGAGCGAAAAGAACAGUGCUCCGCCCACAACAGAAGAGGGGGCGGAGACUACGCACUGAUAAUACACCAAUACACACACUCAGAUUCAAACACAAGGGCUGCGCAAUAUAAACAACGACAGGAAGCUGUUCUGAAUUUGUUCCAAUGCGUUCUCAAAGUCACGGUUUAAUCUGAAAUGCACCGAAAGAUCAACCACACAACUAAAUAUUGACCACACAACUAAAUAUUGACCACACACUGAAAUAUCAACCACACACUGAAAUAUCAAUCACACCCCGAAAUAUCAACCACACCCCGAAAUAUCAACCACACCCCGAAAUAUCGACCACACACCAAAAUAUCAACCAAACCAAAAUAUCAAUCACACAAUGAAAUAUCAACCACACACCAAAAUAUCAACCAAACCAAAAUAUCAAUCACACAAUGAAAUAUCAACCACACACC